CGUAUUUACUCCUUAGGUGUGUGUGUGACGGCUGGAGGGGAGGUUCCCCUGAGAAAAUAUUGACAGACCUCCUGUCUCCUAGCUGCCUAGAGAUUGUUACCCUUGGACGCUGGAGGCUGGAAUCCCAGGACUGACCAUACUCCCUGGCCUUUGCUGCCAUAGCUUGUUAGACCUUGUUGUGCUGACUGAAAAACCAGCCAGAGGACUGAGGGCAGCCAGCAUGGAAGAAGAGCAGAGGCUCCCAGGGGCCGCCAGGGCCUUGCUGCUGAUUGGCCCUGCCCUCCAUUGUCCUAGGCAGGGUGCCAGGAAGCUGGAACUUUGUUAUCUGGGUAAUUAGCUUCAGACCCUGGACUGAGGCCGGCCAGGUCUUAGGGCUACUUCCCACAGGCUGUGCACCCUGACCCCAAGAGGGAGGCGAGGCGCUGUGUACAGAGGCCCGGCCAGCUGAACACUUGAGGUGUCAGUCCUGCCUGGGGAACGACUGCAGGCAUCCCCACUUACACACCUUCCACCCCACCCCAUGCCACACUGUCCUCCCUGGCUGGGCUCUGCCCCUUAGGGCAGCUGGGCCUGGUCACAGUGUGGGGCCUCCCAUCUCAGCCUUGCCAGGGACAGAGGGCACCAAGUCUCAGAAAGGGGAUGCCCCCAAGGGUGCCAGUCCAGCCAGCUGCCCCACCCUUCAGGCUUGUCCUGGCCCCCCAAACCCAAAUCGUGGUGCCCCAAGACGUCCUGUGGGCAGACAUCCACCACCAUGGCCGAGCACCUGGAGCUGCUGGCAGAGAUGCCCAUGGUAGGCAGGAUGAGCACCCAGGAGCGGCUGAAGCAUGCCCAGAAGCGACGUGCCCAGCAGGUAAAAAUGUGGGCCCAGGCUGAGAAGGAGGCCCAUGGUAACAAGAAGGGCCAUGGGGAGCGGCCAAGGAAGGAGGUGGCUGGCCUCAAGCCUCAGAAGCAGGUCCGCUUCCCUCCCAGCAUUGCCCUUCUGGAGGCUGCUGCCCGGAACGACCUGGAGGAAGUCCGCCAGUUCCUUACCAGUGGGGUUAGCCCCAACCUGUCCAAUGAGGAUGGCUUGACUGCACUGCACCAGUGCUGCAUUGAUGACUUCCAAGAGAUGGUACAGCAGCUCCUGGAGGCUGGGGCUGAUGUCAAUGCUCGAGACAGUGAGUGCUGGACACCUCUGCAUGCGGCAGCUACCUGCGGCCAUCUGCAUCUGGUGGAACUCCUUAUUUCACGUGGUGCAGAUCUCCUUGCGGUCAAUACAGAUGGGAAUAUGCCCUACGACCUGUGUGAGGAUGAACAGACACUGGAUUACCUCGAGACUGCCAUGGCCAAUCGUGGUAUCACCCAGGACAGCAUUGAGGAGGCCCGGGCAGUGCCAGAGCUAUGCAUGCUGAAUGACCUCCAGAACCUCCUGCAUGCUGGGGCCAACCUCAAUGACCCUUUGGAUCACGGGGCCACUCUGCUGCACAUCGCCGCUGCUAAUGGGUUCAGUGAGGUGGCUACCCUGCUACUGGAGCAAGGAGCUAGCCUGAGUGCUAAGGACCAUGAUGGCUGGGAGCCUCUGCAUGCUGCAGCUUACUGGGGCCAGGUACACCUGGUAGAAUUGCUUGUGGCACAUGGGGCUGAUCUGAAUGGAAAAUCUCUGGUGGACGAGACACCCCUUGAUGUGUGUGGUGAUGAGGAGGUAAGAGCCAAACUGCUGGAGCUCAAGCACAAACAGGAUGCACUCCUGCGCGCCCAGGGCCGCCAGCGCUCCUUGCUGCGCCGCCGCACCUCUAGUGCAGGCAGCCGCGGGAAGGUGGUGAGGCGAGUGAGCCUGACACAUCGCACCAACCUGUAUCGCAAGGAGCAUGCCCAAGAGGCCAUUGUGUGGCAACAGCCACCAGUCACCAGUCCAGAACCUCUCGAGGAUGAGGACAGGCAGACAGAUGCUGAACUCCGGCUGCAGGCCCCAGAGGAUGACAGCCCUGAGGUGGCCAGACCACACAAUGGCCAAGUAGGGGCGCCCCCAGGGAGACACCUGUACUCCAAGCGUCUAGAUCGGAGUGUCUCCUAUCAUCUGAGUCCUGAGGAGAGCUGUUCACCUGAUGCCCUCAUCCGGGACAAGGCUCACCACACGCUGGCAGAGCUUAAACGACAGCGAGCAGCUGCGAAGCUUCAGCGGCCUGCCCCUGAAGGGCCCGGGACCUGUGAGCCUGGCCUGUCUGUCGACACCGAGACUUCCCAGCCUGAGUGUGGCUUCAGCACAAGUGGAGACCCACCCCUGCUCAAGCUCACUGCCCCCUCGGAGGAGGCGUCUGUGGAAAAGAGGCCAUGCUGUUUGCUCAUGUGAAAUGUGAUUCCUCAGUAUGGCAGGGUUCAACCCCUUGCCCAGCCAGGGCUUCCUCAUGAUCUCUGGCCUGGUGAUCCACUUCAGCACAUACCCCAGUGCUGUAGGGGAGCUGGCACAGAGCCCCAUCGCCCUCCCAGCCCAGGACACUGGCCACCUUGCUCAGGGACGGACUAUGCAGAGCUCUACUUACGGGCCUUAGGCCACAGACUGCUUAUUUUGUGACUCUUGAUAAAGGCUGUUUGCCACUGAGCCUUCUUCCCAUGUGUCUCACUGGUUAGGAGCCACCCAUGCCCGGAGCACCCAAACUUGUAGACAGGUGCAUGCUGGGGCUUGCAGGUGUCAGCCCCAGCCUUUGUGGGAGGAAAGCUUAAGGCCACAGGCAAGAAGCCCAGCCUCAGCCUCCACCUCUCCCAUGGUUCAGCUUCUUGGAGGCUCCUGUAACCCUUUGCUUUCCUGAAAGCAGCAGGGCACUUUGGAGAAAACUCUUCAUGGGUGAUGGAGUGGGACAGGGACCCUGGCUGGAAGGGAUACAGUAUCUUCCACAGGGUGGUCAGAGCCAGCAGGGGAAACAGGCAGAAGCCUGGCUUUAGUUAGGUCCUUCCCAGGGUCAUGGUCUCAGUUUCUGGCGUGAAGCCCUGAUCCUGGGGCAUGUCUGCCAGCUUCCGCCUGUGCUGGUAUAGGUGACAAGCAGUUGGCCACUCUGGCUGUGCUGGCUAGCACAGUGUAUCAGAGUGAGAGGGGCCCUUUAGGGGCCUCAAGCUAGAGGGAAGAAGGCACUUCUAGAUCAUGGCCAUUGCAUUUGGCUUUGCAUGGCCAUCUCUACCCGGUCACAUGGGAACUGAACUGGUCAGCCUGGUGUCCAUCCCCAGGGCCUGUCCUUCUUCUAGCACCUGUGGUUGGAUGGUUAGUGUCCUUGGAAGGGCUUGGGGGAGGGUUGGUGGCGACCGCUGGUUAAAUUUAGAGUAGGGCUGUGCUGCUGCUGCCUGAGGUCCACCUGCUACCACUGCUGCUUGGGUCCUGCUGGUAAGAGGCAGGCAGUGGCAGGUCCUGCCAGGUCCAGGCCUAUCUUAAUCUGUGCUGUGUGUGUCCUGAGGGCCAGAGAGAGGCCACUGAGCUGGGAGGCUACUGUGGCAUCAGAGCCAAGAGAGCAGAGGUGAGUGUGUCCCCACUCCAGGACCUGCUGUGGUAUUUCUUCGAGCCUCCAGGGACAGAGGGAUCAAGGCUCACCUCAUGCCUUCCUAGCUGCCUGCUACCCAGCUUAGAAGUCAGUCUCCCCAGCCCUCAGUCUGAGCCAUAGAUAGGUCAAAGGGCUUAGAUGACCAGGGCUGAGCGUGUCUAUACGCUUCCUGCAAGGCCAGUGGGCGUGGGGCACUGUGGGCCUAUCAGAGCUCACUUCCUGCUCUCUCCACCAAUUAGGAGCAGCAGGGUAGGGACUUAGUUACCCUUGGCCUGGGCUGUGGACCUAAGGGCACCCUCUCAGGCUGAUGUGUAUUGAAAGGGCAUGAGGGCAGUCCAGGGUGAGGUGUGUCCAGAACUAGCUGUCCCCUCUCCAGUCUCUUCCCCUCCCCCUAAACCCUUGCAGUGGCUCUUCAGGGACCAAGGUCCAACCAUAGCACUCCAGCAGUCCCCAUGGAACCCAGAGACUGAACCUCUUUCUCCCUCCCCCCAGUGCUCCCCAGAUUCCUAAGGCCUGGCUUAGUUACCUAGGAGACAAGUCCACUUGCUUAAGGAAAGAUGGGGUGUGUAUCAGGUCGGAGAGGGCUAGGCCUUAGCUGGGCCUUGCUAGGAUAAAUCUCCAGUAGUCCCUGGUCCUGCUCUUAGCAGUCCCAGACACUGAACGCUCUCUUCUCCUAGUUUCCAGUGUGUCAGAUGUUGAACCAUCCGUCUGUCCCUACUCCCCAAGUGGGUCUCCUGCUACCUCGUGGGGACACUAGGCGGCACUGGGCCUCGCCCCAAGCCCCGCCUGCUGCCUUACCAACUCCCUCUGGCUCCCUGGGGCAGAUCUGUGCCCAGACUGGUGGGGCGGGGCCCUGGGUGCUCCAGUUCCUUCAGGCUUUUCUGCCCCUUUCAGUAGGGCCAAAAGGCUGCAGUGUGAAGGGUGUUGUCUUACCUCUCGCAGACUUUCCCACUCCCAGCCUGAUUUCCCCACUGGACCCUUCUCCUUCUGAACCAGCAUCCUGCCUGGUUUGAGCAGUCAUGGCCUCACGGGUGAAUGAUCAAAGCCAGGCUUCAAGGAAUGGGCUGAAGGGAAAGGUGCUAACUCUGGACACUAUGAACCCAUGUGUGCGGAGGGUGGAGUAUGCAGUUCGAGGACCCAUUGUGCAGCGUGCCUUGGAGCUGGAGCAGGAGCUGCGUCAGGGUGUGAAGAAGCCGUUUACUGAGGUCAUCCGUGCCAACAUUGGGGAUGCACAAGCCAUGGGGCAGAGACCCAUCACCUUCUUCCGCCAGGUUAGGCUGCUGUAGCCUGUGGUUACUCCCCGUCCCCCAACUGCCCUGGACUCAGUACUUGGUUCUUCCAGGUCCUGGCCCUCUGUGUCUACCCCAAUCUUCUGAGCAGUCCUGACUUCCCAGAGGAUGCCAAGAGAAGGGCAGAACGCAUCUUGCAGGCCUGCGGGGGCCACAGCCUGGGUGCCUAUAGCAUUAGCUCUGGAAUCCAGCCGAUCCGGGAGGAUGUGGCGCAAUACAUUGAGAGAAGAGACGGAGGCAUCCCCGCAGACCCGAACAACAUAUUUCUAUCCACAGGGGCCAGCGAUGCCAUCGUGGUAGGGAAGGCCAGGCCAGGCCAGAGUAGCCCUAUGUGUGAGGCUAGAUGGGGCUGAGUCUGGUGCAGCAGCGUCAGCAAUGGGCGGCGGUGGGGGCGGGGUGGGGCGUGCAACCCUGGUUGCACUAACGCUCUGCUCCCUAUCUCGCCCACAGACAAUGCUCAAGCUGCUGGUAUCUGGCGAGGGCCGUGCACGAACGGGUGUACUCAUUCCCAUUCCUCAGUACCCACUGUACUCAGCUGCGCUGGCUGAACUGGACGCCGUGCAAGUGGACUACUACCUGGACGAAGAGCGCGCCUGGGCUCUGGACAUCGCAGAGCUGCGGCGCGCUCUGUGCCAGGCACGUGACCGUUGCUGCCCUCGAGUACUGUGCGUCAUCAACCCCGGCAACCCCACUGGGCAGGUGCAGACCCGUGAGUGCAUCGAGGCCGUAAUCCGCUUUGCUUUCAAAGAGGGACUCUUCUUGAUGGCUGAUGAGGUAUGCACAGGUGCACACAGAACGGUGAGCAGCAGCUCAGCAGCCAGCCUGAAUGACACUGCCGCCCCUACAGGUAUACCAGGACAACGUGUAUGCCGAGGGCUCUCAGUUCCAUUCAUUCAAGAAGGUGCUCAUGGAGAUGGGGCCACCGUAUUCCACGCAGCAGGAGCUUGCUUCUUUCCACUCAGUCUCUAAGGGCUACAUGGGCGAGUGCGUACAGGCUCAGGUGGUGGGGAAGGUGGGAAGGGUAGCGGACUUCUCCCAGACCAGCCUCGACUCACGCUCUCCGGGCAGGUGCGGGUUUCGUGGUGGCUAUGUGGAGGUGGUAAACAUGGAUGCUGAGGUGCAGAAACAGAUGGGGAAGCUGAUGAGUGUGCGGCUGUGUCCACCAGUGCCAGGCCAGGCCUUGAUGGACAUGGUGGUCAGUCCGCCAACACCCUCCGAGCCGUCCUUCAAGCAGUUUCAAGCAGUGAGCAGACCAGACCAGGCCAAAGAUAUCUGGUGAUCCAGCUUUGGGUGGGACUAUAGAGGGACAGAUUGAAACCCUCUUCCAUAAUUACUUCCCGUGACUGCAGGAGAGACAGGAGGUGCUGGCUGAACUGGCAGCCAAGGCUAAGCUCACGGAGCAGGUCUUCAAUGAGGCUCCCGGGAUCCGCUGCAACCCAGUGCAGGGCGCCAUGUAUUCCUUCCCUCGAGUGCAGCUGCCCUUGAAAGCGGUGCAGCGUGCUCAGGAACUGGGCCUGGCCCCUGACAUGUUCUUCUGCCUGUGCCUCCUGGAAGAGACUGGCAUCUGCGUUGUGCCCGGGAGUGGCUUUGGGCAGCAGGAGGGCACCUAUCAUUUCCGGAUGACCAUUCUGCCCCCCAUGGAGAAACUGCGGCUGCUACUGGAAAAACUCAGGCACUUCCAUGCCAAGUUCACCCAUGAGUACUCCUGAAGCCACUGCUAGGGCCACACUGGACAGUCUCUGACGCAACAAACCGAGGGUCCUUGGGAGCCCUCAGUAUUUCUGAUUUCGUCUAGGGUCUCGGUAACUGUCCCUGCGAGUCCCUAAUAAAUCUGAUGUCAGCC